CGCAGCUAGCACCACUGCCUUCCAAAUUUCCCCUUGUGGAUGCGCGGUACUGCGGCACCGCUCCUCCCGGCGCUGAGGGGCCAGGAGAGGCCGAAGGAGUGCACUCGGCAGGGGCAGGAUUUUGAGGAAGGGGAGAGAAAGGCGUCCGACCCGCUCGGGGGUGGUGGUGGUGGUGUCGGUGAAUGAUGAAGGGCCGGCGGCGGCGGCGCCGAGAGUACUGCAAGUUCGCGUUGCUGUUGGUGCUGUACACACUGGUGCUGCUGCUUGUCUCCUCCGUCCUGGACGGCGGACGCGACAGGAACAGGGGCGCCGGACACUGUCCUGGCCUGCAGCACAGCCUUGGUGUGUGGAGCCUGGAGGCGGCUGCGGCCGGCGAACGCGAGCCGAGCGCGGAGGCACGGCCCAUUGCUGAAGGGGGCGCGGGCCAGUCCGCCGAGCCCCUGGGCAACCUCAGCGGCCCCGUCGGGGAGACGGUGUCUCGAGAGAAGCAGCACAUCUAUGUGCAUGCGACCUGGCGCACCGGCUCGUCUUUCCUGGGUGAGCUCUUUAACCAGCACCCGGACGUUUUCUACUUGUACGAACCCAUGUGGCAUCUAUGGCAGGCUCUGUAUCCGGGCGACGCCGAGAGCCUGCAGGGCGCGUUGCGCGACAUGCUGCGCUCCCUCUUCCGCUGCGACUUCUCAGUGCUGCAGCUGUACGCGCCACCGGGGGACCCCGCUGCACGCGCCCCAGACACAACUAAUCUCACCACAGCCACCCUCUUCCGCUGGAGGACCAACAAGGUCAUCUGCUCGCCACCGCUGUGCCCUGGUGCGCCCCGAGCCCGCACGGAGGUGGGCCUCGUCGAGGACACUGCCUGCGAGCGCAGCUGCCCACCCGUGGCGCUACGCGCCCUGGAGGCCGAGUGCCGCAAGUACCCGGUGGUGGUCAUCAAGGACGUGCGUCUGCUCGACCUGGGCGUGCUGGUGCCUCUGAUGCGUGACCCAGGCCUUAAUUUGAAGGUGGUGCAGCUUUUCCGUGACCCGCGGGCCGUGCAUAACUCGCGCCUCAAGUCUAAGCAGGGGCUGCUGCGGGAGAGCAUACAGGUGCUGCGCACCCGCCAGAGAGGCGACCGCUUCCACCGGGUGCUGCGAACACACGGCGUAGGCGCUCGCCUCGGGGGCCAGUCCCGCGCGCUGCCGGCGGCGCCGCGGGCCGAUUUCUUCCUGACCGGCGCGCUCGAGGUUAUCUGUGAAGCCUGGCUGCGCGACCUGCUUUUCGCGCACGGCGCGCCAGCCUGGCUGCGGCGCCGCUACCUGAGGCUGCGUUAUGAGGACUUAGUGCGGCAGCCGCGCACGCAGCUGCGCCGCCUGCUGCGUUUCUCUGGGCUGCGCGAGCUUGCUGCGCUCGACGCUUUCGCGCUCAACAUGACGCGAGGCACAGCCUAUGGUGCCGACCGGCCCUUUCACCUGUCAGCACGUGAUGCCCGCGAGGCGGUGCACGCCUGGCGCGAGCGCCUGAGCCGAGAACAGGUGCGCCAGGUAGAGGCCGCCUGCGCUCCAGCCAUGCGCCUGCUCGCCUACCCUCGCAGCGGAGAGGAGGGUGACACUGAGUUGCCCAAGGACUGGGAGGCACCGCUGGAGACGGAGGCCGACCGUGCCAGGUAGUCCCCCACUCCCGUCCCAGGGGCGGAUCCAGGUCAGUCACCAUGAACUGGAUCACUCAGCAUGUUGCCCCAGCACUGGAGAAGCAACACUGUGGAGGCAAUCUGUCACACUGUCAGGGACUGGGAUUUGACUUGCUACCAACUGCUGUGCAAUUCUGCUGAGCAGGAAUAUCACAAGCUAUUCACUAAUGAUGGGUGCACUGAUUGAGAUGAAGUUUCCAGUAAGGAAGUGGUAGUGCAAUGUGGAUAUUUAUGGCUAUAAAAUAGAAGAAAGAGCUUGAGUUCCCAGGCUGAACCUGCCUCUGCUGGAGCCAUUUCAACAAGGCGUCCUCACAACAAAGAAGAAAUGUGAUUUGCCAUUUCACAUCAGCAGGUGUCUGGACAAAAAUAUCAAUGUGAAUAAGGGCCAAGUGCAGUCCUGUCUAUCUUGAUUAAAUUACUUAAUAUUAAAUAAAGGUCUGGGUGGUAUUGUUUUUAACCUGCCUCAUCCAGCUUUCUUUUAAAUAGCUCCCCUUUCCCUCUACCCAGAACUGAUUUUUAAAAAGUAAUUCUUCUCCCUGGAGUGAGAGAACCCUAAUGAACUGAAGCAAAGCAAACUUUUAUUUUUAAAUUGUUCUAGCUGGUGUUUUUGUAAUUACACUAUUAAAUUAUUCUGGAGUCAUGUUAAUGA